AUGGGCGUCGGAAACAAGCGCACAAUCACCAAGACGAGGCGGAAAACGAGGGACGUGGAUCAGGUCAAGGCGGAUUUGAUCUCAUCUAGGCACCUCUCCCAGUUCAAGGAUACCAAAGCGGCGGAGGACCUCCCCGGACUUGGCCGGAACUACUGCGUCGAAUGCGCCAAGUGGUUUGAUACCGAGAAGACAUUGACCGCCCAUCAGCGGGGCAAGCCUCACAAGCGCAGGGUCAAACAGCUGCGGGAAGAACCAGACCCGAAUCCUCAACGGGUACCAGGUGCAGUUGCCCCAUGCCGACUGAGCACUACCGCCGUCGAAUCCCGAAGCGACCAACCGACAGAACACGACAUCGAGAUGGCGCCGUGA